UUUUUAAGUUAUAUUUUUAGUGUUCUAAUUGUUGUUCAUAAAUUUGUCCUUAUGGUGUACACAAAAUUUGACAUACGCGCCCAUUUGGCAGGCCGGUUUAAGUUUUUUUGUGUAUUUAGUAUUACUUUUAUUGCAACAUUCAUCUUUAUCUACUUCUAUGUUUUCAACAGACAUCUGAUAGUUACAUACGACUAUGAGGACAACUUCGACCAUUUGGUUUUUACUCAACAAUGGAUGCCAACCUACAACACCAAACUGAACAUUCAAAACUGGACCAUACAUGGGCUUUGGCCUUCAAGUAUGAACGGAAACAGUCCAUCCUUCUGCCACAACAUCACCUUCGAUCCAGAUCAAAUCGAAAGUCUUAGAGGCGACAUGGUUAAGUAUUGGCCAGGCGAGCACAUCAAAUCGGGAGACGUCUAUAAUGACUCGCUGUCAUUUUGGAAGCACGAGUGGGAAAAACACGGCACCUGUGCUCUUGCUUUGAAGACUCUUAAAAGCGAAAUGGACUAUUUCAAAACUGCUCUGGAUUUGCACGAAAAAUACAAUUUGUUGACUAUGCUUCAAACUAUAGGCUUUGUUCCUAGCCUUACUAGCAAGUACGAAGUCACCGAAAUGCUUGAUAAAAUGACAAAACUAACUGGCAAGAACCCAAGCAUUAAUUGCGUUGAAAACAACGUUUUGGCGCAAAUAAGUAUUUGUAUGAAUAACCAAUUUGACCUCAUAGAUUGUCCGGAAACCGUAACAGUCUGCAAUAUUUCCAAACCAAUUUCCUACGCACCCAUAGCUGAUGUUCCUCAAUUUGACUCACUCAUUUUCUCCCAACAAUGGCUUCCAGCUUACAAUAAAACCAUGAAGUCGGAAUGGACCAUCCAUGGCAUUUGGCCAAAUAAUUUUACGGGACCUAGUCCAUUAAAUUGCUCUGAUGUACCUUUGGACAUAUCCCAAAUACAAUCAAUUCUCAAUGACCUUAACGACAACUGGCCUUCCUGCAGUAAAUUGGAUAAUCCCUCUUUCUGGAGCCACGAAUGGACAAAACAUGGCACGUGCGCUAUUUCUUUAGAAAAACUGGCAACCCCUUUAAACUAUUUUAACACCGGUAUAGAACUUAGACAGAAGCAUAACAUCAGUAAGAUUUUAAUGGAAGCAAACAUUACAGCAGGAACAGAUCAGGUAUAUGACAUCAAGGACAUUAGAAAAGCUUUCAAAAACGUUCCCAGGUUAAAGUGUGUAGAUGGAAACAUUGCAGAAAUUGGUAUAUGCAUGAACAAAUCUUUUAAUUCUAUAGAUUGUAUCCAAAAAAAAUCAAAUUGCGAUAAUUUUGGCAAGGUGAAAUAUGAGCCGUCGCCACCAAAAAGUUGGGACGUAAUGGUUUUGUCCCAGCAGUGGUUUCCAGCUUUCAACAAAGAUUUGAAAUUGACGAAUUGGACCAUAAGCCAUUUUUGGCCGCAAUAUAAUGACGGAACGUACCCAACAAAUUGUACGGGUUAUAAAUAUGAAUCAAAAAGUUUUUCAGGCGACUUGGUACGUUUCUGGCCUUCAGUAAGUUCAACUACCACAUCUAAUAUUCGUGAAAAAUCUCUCAGUUUAUAGAGAAAGGAAUGGAAUGUGCAUGGCGCUUGUGCUAUAACAUUGCAAGGAUCAUUUGAAACAUCAUUAAAUAAUGAAUUUGAUUACUAUAACAUUUUGUUAGAUAAAUAUAAAAAAUUUAAUAUCUUCGCAGCAUUGGAAGAAUCUAACAUAACUGUAAGUUCCGAAAAUGAAUACGAUAUAAACAACAUUAAAAAUGCUAUCAUCAAAAAAUAUACCGUCAACCCAAUUAUAAAUUGCCUCAAUGGUACUGUUUUAUCUGAGGUGAAAAUUUGCUUGGAUCCAAAAUAUAAUCCAACUGAUUGUCCAAAGGAAUCCACCACGUGCGAUGCUUCCAAAAAACUUCGUUAUAUCCCCCUUUAAUUCAAAAGUUUGUGGAUUUAACAUUUUUCUGGUUUUAAUAUCCAUGCUGUGUUAUUAUUUUGAUGUUAAUAAAUUUGUCUGAUU